AUGGGUAAGAAGGAUAAGGGUCCAAAGAUGACUACGGUCACAACCAAAGAGGGUGAAACUCUCAAAGUUUUCGAAGAUUUGAAAGACUUUGAGACUUUCAUCAAGCAAGAGACGGAGGAUGAAGAGUUUGACAAUCUACAUUGUCAGUUGAAAUACUACCCACCAUUUGUAUUGCAUGAAGCUCAUGACGAUCCAGAGAAGAUUUCAACGACAGCGAACUCUCAUUCCCGUAAAUUCGUGCGGCAUCUUCACCAGCAUGUUGAGAAACACUUGUUGAAGGACAUCAAGGAGGCUAUUAACCUUCGUGACCUCAAGUUUCGGAACAAGUCCAAGGAUGAGAGUUUUGAUAGGAUUGUGUGGCAUUACGGGGAUGAUACGCAGUAUCAUGAACGUAAGUUCCACAUUGAAGUGGGUGUUACUUGUACGCACGAUGACGCAAUGGUUGAUGUUGAUUACAAGACAAUUCCCAUCACAUAA